UUCUCAGGAGUGUGUGUGUGUGUGUGUGUGUGUGUGUGUGUGUGUGUGUGUGUGAUGGCUGGGAAGGUGAAGUGGGUGACGGACAUCGAGAAAUCGGUGCUGAUCAAUAACUUUGAGAAGAGAGGAUGGAUCCAGGUGACGGACAGCGACGACUGGAACUUCUACUGGAUGAGCAUCCAGACCAUCCGCAGCGUGUUCAGCGUGGACACCGGCUACCGGCUGACUGACGACCAGAUGGUCAACCACUUCCCCAACCACUACGAGCUGACCAGGAAGGACCUGAUGAUCAAGAACAUCAAGCGCUACCGCAAAGACCUGGAGAAGGAGGCCAGUCCCUUGGCCGAGAAGGACGAGAGCGGGAAAUACCUCUACCUGGAUUUCGUGCCGGUGACGUUCAUGCUGCCGGCCGACUACAAUCUGUUCGUGGAGGAGUUCCGGAAGAGCCCGUCCAGCACGUGGAUCAUGAAGCCGUGCGGGAAGGCGCAGGGAAAAGGCAUCUUCCUCAUCAACAAGCUCUCCCAGAUCAAGAAGUGGUCCCGCGACAGCCGCACGUCCACGUUCGUGGCAGCGAACAGCGGGAAGGAGGCCUACGUCAUCUCUCUGUACAUCGACAACCCUCUGCUGAUCGGCGGGAAGAAGUUCGACCUGCGUCUGUACGUGCUGGUGACCAGCUACAGGCCGCUGAAGUGCUACAUGUACAAACUGGGCUUCUGCCGCUUCUGCACGGUCAAAUACACGCCCAGCACCAGUGAGCUGGACAACAUGUUCGUGCACCUCACCAACGUGGCCAUCCAGAAACACGGCGACGACUACAAUCACGUUCACGGCGGGAAGUGGACGGUGGGUAACCUGCGCCUCUAUCUGGAGAGCACUAGAGGACGGGACGUCACCAACCACCUGUUCGACCAGAUCCACUGGAUCAUCGUCCAGUCGCUCAAAGCCGUGGCUCCCGUCAUGAAUAACGACAAGCACUGUUUCGAGUGUUACGGUUAUGACAUCAUCAUCGACGACCGGCUCAAGCCGUGGCUGAUCGAGGUGAAUGCGUCCCCGUCGCUUACCUCCAGCACGGCCAAUGACCGAAUUCUGAAGUACAACCUGAUCAACGACACGCUGAACAUCGUGACGCCCAACGGCGAGAUCCCGGACUGCCGCUGGAACCGCUGUCUGCCCAAAGAGGCUCUGGGACACUAUCAAGUGCUAUAUGACGAGGAGCAGGCCCUGAGCGAGAGCGCUGACCUCAGGAGCCGGUCGGGUCAGUCGCUGGGGUCAAAGGGCAGCAGAUCCGGCAGCGUGAGGCCACCUUUCCCCGCCACCUGGAAGUGAGACUGACAACACAUGAGGCCUUCGCUGGAGACACUGCAGGCUACUGUGUGUGUGUGUGUGUGUGUGUGUGUGUGUGUGUGU